AUGAAACACAUUCCUGAUGCAAUACCAGACUCUCCACAAUCAAAAAAUUAUGUCCAAUUGAGUCUUUCUUCUCCAUCAAAUGAUUGUAUCUAUGGAACUUAUUGGCAAUAUGGUGGUUUCUAUGCUACUACUUUGUCAUUUCCAGUGCAUUGGAAUUAUAACUGGACAUCAUUUCAUAUUGGAAACUAUGUUAAAUUUAAUUAUAAAAUGAUUCACUCAGAAAAUACUUCUCUGGCAGAAGAUUAUUGGUAUGCAGAUGAAUUAUGUGAAGUAUAUACUGGAGAAAAAUUUCCUUGCGAAGAAAUUUAUUUUGUUAAAAAUACUGAAAUACCUCUUCGAACAACUCAAGUCUUUCGACAAGGAUGGGAUAUGAUGCGUCAAAUCACAACAUAUCGAGUUGUAUCCAUAGGCGAACCUGAUCAACGCCUAUUUGAUAACAUUCCAAAGAACUGGGCCUAUGAUUGUAAUGAUACAAUGCUCGGUAUUCGUUACGAUCCACAAAUGCCAACAUUAAAAUUGAAUGAAAAUGUGACUAUUCAAGUUUGGUUGCCGACUCCACCACAUCGAAUCAAUAACAAAGAUACAGUUAGUAUCGAAUGGCAACCGGCAAACUUUUCAGAAUGUAAAGAUUGUGUCACCUGGACACCGAAUCGACUUAGUUUCAAUAUUGAAAACUUUCAUCAAAAACAAAUUCUUCAUGCUACUCGUAUUAAAGAAGGAAGUGUUACUCUGCUACCAAUUUUUAAUGGCGGUGGAUAUGAUAAAGCUAUAGUAGGAGCCUAUCAAAUUUACAUUGGUUAA